AUGGCGGCCGUCUCUGCGAAUCUUCAUAUUCUCUGCAUGUUGAUCGGCACAGCCGCAACUGUCCAGGUGCAGACCAUAAAACAACUGGUGGAGGCGCCGAUGAAUCGCUUGGAAGGCGAGACCAAGUCUUGCGUGGAUGUACACGGGAGACGGGUAAGAGCGGAUUCGGGAAGAAGCGAGUGCGAUUCUAAUCUCUCCAUAUUUGCAGAUUCCAUUGAAUGUGUCCUCGUGUGACAGUUACUUUGCUCUUUCCGAUGAGCGAAAAAUACUGUUAGUGGCGUUUUUUUAUUGCACCUUUUUCCUGGGGUUUUUGGAAAAAGUUCCGCAGAUUUGUCAUGACCCCAAUAAACGAAUAGUUCGAUGCGAGCUGCGCCCAGGGAGAUCGAAAGUUGAAGCCAACGCGCUAUUCCAAGCUUAGCUUAGGCUUAAACUACGGUGGCGGACCUGAUCCAGUGGCAAAAAACGUCUUAAAACCCUUCCCUUCUCUAAGCUAAAAAAUUCCGCUUUGAAAAGCCCGCCUUGAAGGAAAGGUUUGGAGACGUUUUGGUCCCUUCCGGGAUACAAAGUGGGACGUUUUUUGCCACUGGAUCCGGUCCCUCACUGUACAGUGGUGGGCCUGAUCCAGUGGCAAAAAACGGACCAUUUUGCAUCCGGGAAGUUUCAAAAAAUGUGGCAAAAUACCUCCCUCUCCAAGUGAAGCUUUUUUAGUUGGAGAGGGAGGUAUUUGGCCACAUUUUUGAUACUUUCGGGCACGUUUUUUGCCACUGGAUCCGUCACUGUAAGCUGUCCCAUCUUUUACCAAAAGUCUCAAAAAAAUCAGCAAAGGUCCUUGGCCAAGACCCCAGAAGAACAAGUCUUUAGAGGGCCACGACCAGCGGAAGACAUUUUAUACAAUGAAAAGUGGGCUAGGCUCGGUUUAGUUUAGGCUUCGCCUGAGCUUAGACUAGCGCUUAAGCAUGGCCUUCUUUUUUUCUUUCCUGGCAGCAGCUUGCACUGACCUUUCAUUUUUUGUGGUCAUUCUACGAAACUUUUUCCAUAUUUUUUCAAUAUUUUUUCCAGAUUUACCACCAACUUCGAAAUGAGCAAACAACAUUUUUCGCAAAUCCUCCCGAAAGAAUUGAGAACAUCAUUGGAGCAGCAGAUCAAAGAUUUUGACAAGAAAUACGAGCAGGCAUGCUCUAAUGUAAGCCCAAGUUUGAAGGGAACCGAAAUUUCACCUCUUUGUAGGCUACAUUCUACUGCCAGUUCCAGCUCAGAGACGUUAUGUUCAUGUCCGGCAAAGCGAGCUCGUUUGUCGGCGUUUGUUCACCGUGCGGGGAUGACGCCAGCAUGACCAAUCGACUAUUUACAAUCCCAAGAAACGAGUUUUAUUUGCCCAUGGAGGGAUCGGCCGAUUUUAAUGUUACGAUGAAAGGUAAUGUUUGUAUGCCUUGGGAGUUGUAAAUCUUUGCGUGCCCGGGAAAUGCGUUAUGAUGACACCGGCUUGGGAUCUGCGGUAGUAUAGAUAACGACUGUAUGUAUGUGGCUGGGAGUAGCCUUGCAUGUUUCAGCCGGCGAGGAAUUGUGGAAGGUAGAACACGGUGCGGACGAGGUGGUGUUCGCAUCCACAGGAAAUUCAAAGUCGUCGGGGAUGCCCAAGCAUCCGCGUUUUGGAGUACGACUUCGUCUGAAGGGGAAAUUGGAAGGCGAUCAGAUCUUGAUGACUCUGAGUUAUUCAACGUUUGCGACCGAACGAGACGAAACAAGCACGGAAAUGGAGGUUUACGCGGAGCGGGAGCCACGGCAACGGCAAGUCAUGGUAGGUUCAAAUUUUGGAGCCAGAUAUCAAAUUCAGAUAGAACUUGAAAUGGGUCAAGUCUUUCUUUGUGGGGGUCAAGUCUCUUCUUGGGCGGGUCAAGUGUUUCCUUUGAUGGUUAAGGGCUCUUUGGAGGGGUCAAGUCUUUUUUGUGAGGGUCAAGCCUUUUCCUGGAUAAGUUAGGCCUUUUCUCUGAGUGGGACAAGUUUUUUUUCUUUGCGUCAAGUUUUUCCUAUGUUGGUCAAGUUUUUCUGAAACAGUCAAUUCUUUUCCAAGUCUCAUUUUUUAUAGAACAAGCCUUAUCUUGAGCGGGUCAAGUCUUUUUCUCUAACAAUUGUUAGAGUCAAGACUUUCGGGACAAGUCUUUUCCUGGACUGGUCAAGUCGUUGCAUGACCGGAUCAAGUUAUUUUUUUUAACGGGAGAGUUUGAAAAACUUUAAUUUAGCUGAUCAAGUUUCCUCCCAGCUCAUUCCACAUGGGCCAAGGACACGCUGUGUCUCCCUGGUGGAGCUUUGCGCAAUAAAUUUACUUUUUUCAGGUUGUCUUUUACUUUGAAGAAUCGGACCCUUUUCCAAUCCUAUGGGUUCCUCGGAUGGCGACCCAAGCUUUGCUUACACAUCGGCAGGGACGACUUGUACUGUCUGAACUGGCUGGUGGCUACUUUACGUAUUGUAACUACACAUUAAUUGUGAAGUCGACGGACCAUGGCUGGACAUCACGGUGUGGAAGAAUCUAUUCCAUGGACGGAAGCAGCAACGCGGAGCUGAGUGAGUGCACAAGGGUGGUAGUGGAGAAGUAGUCUUAGAGGUGCGGGGUCAAGUCUUUUUCUGAGGGUCAAGUCUUUCUUUCGAUGGAUUAAGUAUUUUCCUGAUCGGGUCAAGUCUUUCUAUGGCUGGACUAAGGGGCUUUCUAAAGUAGUCGGGUCUUUUCCUGAGUGGGCCAAGUCUUGCUUUCGAUGGAUAAAGUCUUUCCCUGAGUGGGUCAAGUCUUUCUUUCGAUGGAUAGAGUCUUUUCCUGAGUGCGUCAAGUUUUUCUAUGGCUGGACUAAGGGGUUUUCUAAAGUAGUCAGGUCUUUUCCUGAGUGGGCCAAGUCUUGCUUUCGAUGGAUAAAGUCUUUUCCUGAGUGCGUCAAGUCUUUCUAUGGCUGGACUAAGGGGUUUUCUAAAGUAGUCAGGUCUUUUCCUGAGUGGGCCAAGUCUUUCUUUUGAUGGAUAAAGUCUUUUCCUGAGUGAGUCAAGUCUUUCUUUUGAUGGAUAAAGUCUUUUCCUGAGUGGGUCAAGUCUUUCUUUUGAUGGAUAAAGUCUUUUCCUGAGUGUAUCAAGUCUUUCUUUCGAUGGAUAGAGUCUUUUCCUGAGUGCGUCAAGUCUUUCUAUGGCUGGACUAAGGGGUUUUCUAAAGUAGUCAGGUCUUUUCCUGAGUGGGCCAAGUCUUUCUCUUAAUGGAUUAAGGGGUUUUCUAAUGUGAUCAAGUAUUUUUCUGAGUGGGUCAAGAAUUUUAUGAGCGAGUCUUUUUCCGACUUGGUCAAGUGUUUUCCUGGCCGGGUCAAAUCUUUCUUUGACUGGGUUAUGUUUCUUCAUUGUAAGAUAAAUGUUUUAUUGGUUUCAUCAAAAUCUUGUCAGGUCGUUCUCUAAAUGGGACAAGUUAUUUUCUAGGAGGUCCAGUUUGUCCCUCACCUUCUACCCGUUAAAGUUGCACCCCAAUUACUACUGCUAUAUUGAUGUUGCCUUUUCCAUUGCAGCGAAGAUCUCUGCCGUCCAGAUUGUCGAUCAAUUCGACCCAGAAUCUGCAGCCGACAAUUGCACGAUGCAAAUGAUCAAAAUCAUCACAGCGGAGGAUCACUCCAGUGAACUGCAACAGCACGUCACGAUGAUCUUGUGCACGUGCCAUGCGAGUAUGAGCGACAAGAACUGCGACACAAGAUUCACACAGGACCAGUUGAACAAGACAACAAUGGAAAAGAUUAAGGUGACCCUGCGCAUGGAAUCGUAACAAAUCGGUUUUUAGCAAACUCAGUGCAUACAGUUUAACCAAGACCAACCAAACGUAACGGUGACGACGGGAUAUUAUACCUUCUGUGGUUAUACAGAGGUGCAGGGUUAUGGCGGUGAGUCGACAUACGAAUAUGGGCCGUGCAAUUGGAUGAGCGACAAACCUGUGGGAAUCGAGAUAUGGUAAGUUUAUGGAUUUUAUGCUGACAAGGAAAGUACUUUUAUGGGGGCUCCUACUUUUUGACGGGACAUAUCUCAAAAAAUCAGAAAAAAUGUGCUGAUCAAGGAUAUAUAAAUCUUAGCUGCCCAUUUUAGGUUUUUAGGGGUGAAAACUCAGUCGGAAGAUGGCUUAAAGUCCUAUAUGAACCCCUUUUCGCCUAAUUUUUCACAGGUUUACAAUUUUUAUUUUGGCUUAAAAUGAUGUUUAUUGAGUUUCUAAGACGUAAUAAAUCAGUCUUGGCACAAAAAUUUAUUUUUCCGACCUUCAACUUCAAACAAGUUAAUUCAGUCCAGAAGGGAAGUCGAACCCGUGCGGCGUCCUCUCUCUUGAUUCCCAGACAACGGCACUGACCACUCGGCCACACCGCUCUCUUCCGAAGGAAGAGACCGACUGCGCUUUUUAUCGUUUCGAAUGCCUGCGCCUUUUGUAGGGAAAUUAAGCCAGUUUUUGGGCAUUUUCACCCCUAAAAACCUAAAAUGGGCAGCAAAGAUUUAUAUAUCCUUUAUCAGCACAUUUUUUCUGAUUUUUUGAGAUAUGUCCCGUCAAAAAGUAGGAGCUUAUAAAAGUACUUUCCUUGUAAAAUUUACAUACAGCCAUCUAGAGUUUGCUAACUUUUGAAAAUGAUAUUUGAGGAAAACAGUUGACACGCUGAGGAGAACACCUGACCUGAGAUUUUUACACACUUCGGAUGUAUUUACUGUUCAUUAUGAAAAUUUUUGCAUCAUAACUUAUUCUUAGGCUUCCCGAGCGGAACACUUGACCCAUAUGGGAAGCACUUGACCCAAACUUUUGUUUUUCUGGAUUGUCCCAACUAUGACUGUGAUAUAGUGACACUUUGUAUUUUCCCUUAAAAUUUGUGAAUCUUGACCUAAAGAAACACUUGACCCAGAUGGGAAACGUUUGACUCAAACUCGGAUUUUUUCACGAUUAUCCUAAUUAUGACAUAGUAACACUAUUUUCCCUCAAAAUUUGUGAAUCUUGACUUAGGGAAACACUUGACCCAGAUGGGAAACACUUGACUCAAACUCGUUUUUUUCUGAAUCGUCCCAACUAUGACAUAAUGACACUAUUUUCCUUCACAACUUAUAAAUUUUGACUUAGAGAAACACUUGACCCAGGUGGGAAACACUUGACUCAAACUCGGAUUUUUUCUAGAUUGUCCCAACUAUGACUAUGAUGUAGUUGCAUUAUGUAUUCUCCCUUAAAAUUUGUGAAUUUUGACUUAGAGAAACACUUGACUCAGAAACACUUGACUCCCUAUUUCAUUGGUUUUUCGAUAAUAUCUUUUUUUCAGGGGUGAAUUAUGUGUUGCCUGUUGCCUUGCCACACCGAACAGCCCGUGCAAUGCGGAGUUCCAGGAAGGCGGAAAGUAUCGCCAUUUAUUUAACGAAUGCCAACAUCAGCUGCACUUUGGACCGCCCAACUUGCAUGCGCCGGAAAUUCUUGUCAGUUUGAAUUGUGUUGGCCAUUUUUUCAAUCGAAAUUUUUAGGAAUUUCCGCAGACGUUGCCAUACGCCGAACGAGUGUUGUUUCCGCAUGCCGAUUUGAUCGACGUCAACAAGGAGUUUGACAAGUUGAUGGGAGUUUUUCACAUGAAUUUCGAAAAUAUGUCGAUUACAAGCGUUGGUAAGCCCGAGGGAAAUGUGUUAUGGCAGCUGAUGUUGCUUGGGAGACGAGGGAAAGGCAUGGCGCAUUUGGGGAAACUUGACGCAUAAAGGUGAAACUUGGCCUAGGGAGAACUUAUCUGAUUAGACGUAGACAUCUUUUUUGAUGAGAAGAGUUGACUCGUAGAGGGUAAACUGGACCAAACAGGAGACCAUUUUUUGAACAAUUUACCUAAAAAGGGAAUAGUUGACCCAUUUUUGAAAAAUUUAAUCACGAAGGGAAGAGUUGACCCAUUUUUUGAACAAUUUACCUAAGAAGGGAAGAGUUGACCCAUUUUUGAAAAAUUUACUCAAGAAGGGAAGAGUUGACCAAUUCUUGGACAAUUUACUCAAGAAGGGAAUGGUUGCCCAGUUUUUGAGCAAUUUACCCAAGAAAGGAACAGUUGACUCAUUUUUUGAACAAUUUACCUAAGAAGGGCAAAGUUGACACAUUUUUGUACAAUUUGCUUAAGAAGGGAAGAGUUGCCCCCUUUUUGAACAACUUACGUAGUAAGGGAAGACCUGACCCGUUAUUCCGCUGGCACAUGUGACCCACAAGCGGAACGCUUGACGCAUUGGGAGAAAACAUGACCCCAAAUCGGUAAACUUGACACUUUAAUUGAUUGUUUUCAGCGACGUUCAACCCCGUUGGUCAUGCGUACUUCGAGCGCACCAAUUCUUCGUAUAGAAUCUCCUCUACCGCUAUGGCUCAUAACCGCAAAAUGCGCAACUUCUGCUCGCUCUCAACUUGGGGAAUAACGGAGCUGAGCAUGGGCUGCAAAUGCUUUACCAUGGACGAAAUUGAACUGCAAUGUUGCUGUUUGAAGCGAGUUCUUUUGCACACGGCGUCAUUGAUGUCAGUGCAGUUUCCGAACACGAUCCACGGAGUCCCCAUUGACCAAUUGCACAACAGUUGGGGUUAUCGAGAGAGUCUGGCUGUAAAUAAGGAUGUGUUUGGAGAAGAAUAA